AUGCGGCCCACCCUUCGUCGCUCGGGAACGACUGCUUCGGUCAACCCAAGGACACGUAAAACCAAGGCGGUGGACCUCACUGCUCCUCCGUUUACGAAAGAAUACAUCGACCAGUAUCGUCACCGAAUCAAGGCCGAUCCUGACCCGGAAGCCCAUUUCCUGUACGCAAAGUAUCUGAUCGAAGCAGCCAAGAAGAUCGGAGCGGACGCCAAGGACCAGCGAGCUGUGAAGAAGUACCGGGAUCUCCUCAUCCAGGAAUCUCUCAAGACGAUUCGACGGUUAGCCACGGAGAAGGAUAACUAUGACGAGGCACAGUUCUUCCUGGCCAAUUGCUAUGGGACUGGGACCCUUGGGCUUCAAGUCGACCACGAGCGCGCUUAUCACCUCUAUCUGCAGGCCGCCAAGCAGAACCAUCCUUCAGCAUCUUAUCGAGUGGCCGUCUGCAACGAGAUCGGAGCAGGAACUAGACGGGACCAGGCGCGAGCCUCGGCUUUCUAUCGCAAGGCUGCCUCCCUUGGUGAUACUGCGGCCAUGUACAAGCUCGGGAUGCUGCUCCUACUGGGGACGCUUGAACAGCCGAAGAAUCCGCGGGAGGCCAUUAAUUGGCUGAGACGUGCCGCAGAGCAAGCCGAUGAGGAGAAUCCCCAUGCUCUCCAUGAAUUGGCCAUGCUGCACGAGAUGCCGAAUUCCCAGCUUGUCCCUUACGAUCCCGCUUACGCUAAGGCGCUGUAUACCCAGGCUGCUCAUCUCGGAUACACGCAGUCACAAUACAAGUUAGGACAGUGCUUUGAGUACGGAACCUUGACGUGUCCGGUCGAUCCUCGGCGGUCGAUAGCUUGGUACACCAAGGCUGCGGAGAAGGGGUAUUCGGAAGCAGAGCUGGCGCUCAGUGGAUGGUACCUGACUGGAAGUGAAGGCGUGCUGAAGCAGAGCGAUUCCGAGGCGUACCUCUGGGCGCGGAAAGCUGCGAACAAGGGCCUUCACAAGGCGGAGUAUGCGGUUGGAUAUUACGCCGAGGUUGGGAUUGGAAUCAAGCAGGACAUUGAGUUUGCAAAGCGGUGGUACAUGAGAGCUGCAGCGCAAGGGAAUAAACGAGCGAUGAAUCGACUGACUGAGAUGAAGCGGGCGGGGAACAAGCGCUCUGCAGUGGGCCGCCCGACCCGGCAGCAAGCAAAGGACGAAUGUGUCAUUUGCUAA